ACCUUUUCUUUCUUCAUCCUUCACUACUAUCGUUUUCAUCAAUACCUGCUUCUUAAUCAGUUUACAUAUUGCUAGCUUCAUGUCUAUUGAAGAUAAGAACCAUGCAGAAGAUGCUAACAACUGCAUCAAGGCAAAACUCGGUCUUGUUAGAAACGGUGGUGGAGUCAGACUGCCACCAGGGUUUCGGUUUCAACCCACCGAUCAUGAGAUUGUGUUUCAAUAUCUGGUUCGUAAGGUCUUCUCGUGUCCAUUGCCCGCUUCCAUCAUUCCCGAAAUCAACAACAUUUGCAAAUUCAAUCCUUGGGACUUGCCAGGGGAGUGGGAGCAAGAAAGAUACUUCUUUAGCAAGAAAGAAGCUAAAUAUGGACAUGGAAGUAGAGUAAACAGGAAAAGUAGUGAUGGGUAUUGGAAAGCAACUAGUAUUGAUAAACAUAUCACUAGAUGUUGCAGCAACAAUGUGAUUUCAAAAAAGAAAGAGACGGUUACGGGUAUGAAGAAAACACUUGUGUUUUACAAAAGCAAGCCUUCGACGACUAGAACACAUUGGAUCAUGCAUGAAUAUCGCCUUGUUCUCUCGCCUACUUCACCAUCAACCACCACCUCCAACGAUAAGAAAUCUUGGAUACAAUUGGGAGAUUGGGUAUUAUGCCAUGUAUUAUUGAACAAAAGAAGUCAGACGUCGUCAGUUGAAGAUGAUAGUUGGAAAAGAUUAAUGGGCUCACGCGAUCGGCUUGCACAUCAAAGAUAUGCAAGAAAUGACGCAAUUUUGAUCGGUUACAAUGAAGCUAGUUCAUGUUCUUCGUCUUCAUCAUCAUGUAGUUCUAGUGUGGUCACUCAUGAAGAAGUGUCUUCAAGUAAAAAAUCAUUAGAUUAUUAUGAAGAAACUAAAAAUGUAUAAAAUUAAGCUACCUAAUUAACCUAAUUAUUCUUCAA